UUUUUUCUCACAGCAUUGCUGUGGAGAAGGGGGCUUUCAUUUUCAUAGGGGGCUCUGUUCACCAAGGCCUCUGACUGCCAGGGAACCCACACCACAGUUCCCUUCUUUCUGAAGGCUUGCCCUUCCACAGCCUGGAUGCUUGAGCCUGGGCAGAGGGGUAGUGACCCCAGGACUGUCUUGGUAAGCAGAGAGGCUCCUUGGCACCAGGCUCUUGACUCCUUAGUCUGAGCUCAGCAUCAGGGAUGUCACCACGGCCCCCUGGACAAAAAGGGCUCAGCCCUGAGUACCUGGCACUUCCCAUACCUGCAUGUCCCUUCUGUGCAUCCACCCUGGGGACCCAGCUUUCCCCCUGCCCCCAGCUGCUGGCAGCCCCAUCUUGACUCAUCCAGGGUCCCUGAGGCCACCAGGAAGCAGCGGGCAGCUGGGAGGCACACCUGCUGUUUCUGCAUCUUUUUUUCUGGAGCUUAUGUGGGUGGGAGGGGCUACAGACGCCAGGGAUCCUGCAGGCCAUGCCUCCCACUCCCUGGCUGAAUGAGCUUUCUUCUCAGGGGUCUGACUGGAAGGCUGGGACCGACCUGUCACAAAGGCAGGUCUGAGUAGUCCAGGCCCAUUCCUACUCUCCAGCAGGGCCCCUUCUGUUCAUUUGUGCAGCUGCCUUUGCCCAAAGCACCAGUGAAGUCUGCGCGGACUGUCCCUUGUUUCCAAGGGGAGUGUGGCUCCAGUCCUGGCCUGGAACUCAGAUGCCUUAGAAUUAGAGGCCACAUCUGGCAGGGUGGAGUAGCGUGGCCUGCCCAUGGCCAGGGCAGGUACCACGUUGGCAGCCCCAGACCUGACACCACGGCUCCCGUGUCCCCUCUCCACUUCCGUCCAGCACAUCACUUACACUACGUCUGCCCCUGAUGAAUCCGGACUGUCAGCCUCCCCAGCUUAGCCUGGAAGUCCCACUGACCCUAAGGAGAACUGUGCCUCCUGAGCUGGGGGCUAUGUGGGAAUGGGCCUGGGGUGGGGUGGGGGAGGUCAGGGUGAGACAGGUGUCCAGCACCUCUCUGUUUAUCUUCCCUUCUCUUUUGCCCACAAAAGAGGCAUCUUUCCAUAUCCCUCUGCCACCCCGAGGACAUAAAAUAUUUCCCCCGUUAUGUCUUCCCUUGGACACGGCCCACCUGCUUUCCUGUGGGACUCAGGGCUUUGUUUUGUCCUGUGGCCCACAUGAGAAGCAAUUAUCCCUACUCUGCUCAGCUGAGAGAGUUAAACUGAGGCAGAGCAGGGGAACAACUCUGUCAUAGUCUGGAUGUUAACAGCAGAGGCAAGAGCAGCCUUUCCUCGAGUGGUCGGGUCCGGUGGACACCAAGCGUGGAGGCUGUAUCAGUCGGUUUUGCGUUGCUCCAGAGGAAUACCUGAGACUAGAUCAUUCAUUUCUCUUUUUCAAGGUUUGGUAGGGCCACUAGGCUGAGGGUUGGAGCCCCGUCUCCUAGUCCCAGCCUGGGUCUCCAUCACUGGCUGGCCGGCUCUGCUUGCUGCGUUCUCUCCACACCUGCCUCCUGCAGCCCAGGGGUCAGUCUGGGUGCAGACCUGGGAAAGGUCCAGGAGCAGAUUCUGCCCCCCAGCUCUUACCUCCUGUGCACCAAGGCAGCCAAAAUACAGCAGCAGAACCAGGAGCGCUGGCUUAUCCCAGUAUCCCAGUGUUUUGGGAGGCUGAGGUGGAAACAUCACUUGAGAGCAGCCUGGACAACAUAGCAAGACCCUGUCUCUACAGAUAAUAAAAUUGGGCAUGGUGGCAUGCACCUGUAGUCCCAGCUACUCAGGAGGCUGAGGUGGGAGGACUGCAUGAACCCAGGAGGUCAAGGCUGCAGUGAGCUAUGACUGCACCACUGCACUCCAGCCCGGGCAACAGAGCAAGACCCUGUCUCUAAAACAAGAAACAAAGUGCAUUGUGUGGUGGAAUCCAGCUUCUGGCGUGUGGACCUGACCUCACUCGGUCCCAUCAGUGAGUGGGAGGCUGCCUGCUGUCUCCCAGAACAUUCCCACCACUACACCUGUGUUUCUCCUGUGUUCCCUGGCAGGCUUUGUGAGGGGGCCUGUCACCUACCCUCUGGCUUCCCUAAGGCACAGCUCAAACCUUUCUUGCCACUGAGAACCUUCUCGUGAAGAGUCUUACCCUCACCCACAGGCCUCCUCAUUUCAGAGCUUUUGGUGGGGUGAGUACCAGGAUUGACUCACUGCUACCAGCUGGGAGGAAUUGUCCCUAGGGUUGGGUCUCUGGAUGGCAUGUGAGGAUCUAGACGAGGACCCAGAUGCCUGUAACCUGAAGGGCAAGGGCCUCGGCUGCCAGGGCUUCACACAGCCCCUCGUCCAGCCUGACCUUCUGGGACAGGCCAGACCCCUCCAUCCUUUGGUCUUGGUCCCUACUGGGAACCCUGGUUUCCCUGGAUUACCCACUUUGACUCCAAAGGUAAUAAUGCUGACAUCCCCCGUGAGACCGUGACAGACUGAGACUAUCGUAGGUUUGCCUGGCUCAGAGUCACCAUAGCCAGGCAGAGCUGAGGUCCUGGCCCUGUUCAAGACUUUCCCAAAUCCCUUCUAGCUCUGGUACCUGGGUUCUUCCUCACCGAGCUGCAGCUUCUCCCACCCCUUCCACCAGGUGACAGAGAACCUGGCAGUCUGUGAGCCAUAGAAGGCUUCAGUUUCCUUCUGGUGAGGGAUGAGAACCAGCUUAGGGCGGGAGGGAAGAGGGGUCUGGGGGCCCUCCCAGCCCUGCCUCUGGCAUUUGAAGGAUGGUGGCUGGGCAGCAGCAUGGUUUAGGCUAGACAAGGCGGCCCCUAGGUUUAUAGCCAGGCCUCAGACAGUUGCUGCCAUGUCACCUUCGCUUCUGCACAUGCUGACCUGGCAUCACACCUAGUUAAAGGUCCUCAGGCCUCCCGCCCCUGGGCAUUUCCCCCACUCCCAGCCCAGGCACAACUGUCCUUGUCCUGGACUCAUCUUCAGAGAUGCUUGUCCAGCACACAGCUUUGCUGGAUGUCGCAGGCUGGGCCGGGCCCCCUGCCCUGCACUAACCUCUUCGUGAGUCUCAACUAGACUGAGCCGCAGCUUCAGGGUCAGGACAGGCUCUGACCUAAUUGAUGUGACCCAGGACAAGGGGGUUACAUCUGCUUGAGUUCUUGGCCUCUAUGGUCUCUUUGGGGCAUGAUGCCCCUCUGUCCCAUGCUUAGGUGCCCACAUGUGGCCACAAGUGCCUUUCCUUCCAACAUCCGUACUUCAGGCUGCUGCCCAGGCACCGGUGGCUCCAGGCAGAAGCGUGAGUGCAGAGCCAGGCCUGGGCUGACGUUCCGCAGGUGCUGCAGGAGUUGACAGCCUUGGCCACCCAGCCCAUGGCCAUCCAUUCCCCUACACUGUGGCUGCCCCCAGUCCACCAUCCUUCCAGGGCCAGGCCUGGAACCAAACUGACUUCUCUCUGGACCUGACAGGUUCUUGGCUGAGCAUGAUGGUCUUGCCCAUUUCUUUGAUUAUCCUCAACAAGAGGUUUAUAGAGCCAUUGGGAACAUCACAUCUGUCUACCACGUCCUCACCAGAGACAUGACUGCCUUGGGCCAGGCCUGGGACAGUCAGAAGUUACACUUGCCUGUUGAAACCCAGAUUCAUUGGCUUCAAUCUAGGCAAUGGGCUGAUGGGCAGCUGUCACUUCUCCUUUGCUUGGGGGAGGUAGGAGAGGAAGGUCAGGCAGGAGAUCUGCUUGGCACCCACCUGUGCCUGUCUCACCUGGCUGCAGGUGCAUUGGAGACUGAACCCCUUUCUUGAUCUGCAGGUGUGGAUUUCAGGUUUCCAAUGGUUGUCAGGGUGUGCUCCAGUGCUCUCCUGGCCCUAGGGAACCCUGGGCUCCAUGAGACCUUGGCCUAGGCAGGAUUGUUUCCCACACUGUCAUCUCCCCAUACAGUCACCUCCCCAAACACUGGGCUCCAGGCUCUGGUAUAUGUAAAAGUUCAAAGGCAAAAGUCAGCCCUUCCGCUCUCCCGGAGUGGGUGGCCCCACCCCUCUCAGAGUGGGCGGGGACAGGAGUUGCAGGGGCAGCUUUCCUUGGGAUGCCACAGGUCUCUCUGGAGCUGCCUAGCCACGCCUCCUUUCCUUUCAUCUUUCUCAUGACCAAUGGGAUUGGAGCAUGAAGGCCACGCCCCUGUUCUACAUUCUAGUGUGGCCCUGGUUACGCCUCCUCUGUCUCAGACACACAGCUGCCUGGUAGAGGAGUGGAGCUGCUUACCAGUGCUCCUUUGAAUUGUGCUGAUGUGGCCCCAACCCCACCUCCCUCCCCAACCCCACCUCCCUCCGCCACCCACCAUGUCGAUGUCAGAAGAAAUUCGCAAGAUGAUAGCCUCGGCUAGGAAAAAGUUAAAAGAAUUUCAACAAAGAAACAGCCCUGCUGCUCCAUCUCGAGUGAGAAGAAGAAAGAAAAGAAACAACAGUAGCCGUGAGACAUCCGCUUCUGAUGGUUGCCAGUCACCAUGCCAUUCAGCAGCAGGUGGUCACAAGGAGGGCCCUGCACCGUGUGCCACCAUGAAAGGUCCAGAGCCCUCGAGCCGCCGUGAAGCAGUCCUUGAGCAGCAGGUACAGCAGUUUCUACAGGAGCGGGAACUGCUAAAAGCGCAGGUGGCAGAGGUGACGGAGUGUCUUAAGAAAGCUCAGCUAGAAAGAGACGCUUACGCUCAACAACUCAAAACACAGAAGGUGCAGUGGCAGCAGAAAAUCCUCACAAUGGCAGGAGAAAUUGAAAUAUUCAAAAUGGAGAAAAGUCAAGAUGCAAUGAAAAUCGAGAAGCUGAAGGGGAGCCUUGCCCACCUACAAAACCUUCUGGCUGAACUCCCGAUCCCGAAGCACCGACAGGGCCCUCUGACUUGGAAAGAAAACCUAAAAAUUGAAACCAAGUACCUGAGAGAUGAGCCACGGGAACAGGAGAGACUGCAGGAGGCAAAAAUGAGGCUCUGGGAGACGGAGGUGCCAUUUCUGAACGCUGCUAAAGCCAGUGCCCAGGAGGAGCAGGCACGGCUCUGUGAGCAGCUCCAGAAACAACAGGUGUGCUGCCAGCACCAGGCUCAGCUGGGGGCCUCGGCCCUGAAGGAGCCAGAGGCAGUGGCCGCAGCCACAGGGACUGGGAGCAAGUCUCGGUGUGGGGAGACCCAGCGGGCCCUGCAGGGAGCCCUCGACCAGCUGCAGAGAGACUUCAUGGACAUUUUGAAGGAGAAUUCAUACCUGAAGGAGCGGGUGGAAAAACUGAGCUUGGAUUCAUUCAGCUCUCUGGAGAGAGAGACAUGAUAAGAAAGUCCAUCAAACCAAAUGACCGUCAGAGGGCAGUGGCCAAAACCCAGCACCAGAAGAACGAUGUUAGCAUGCUGUCGCAGGCCGAGGAGGGGAUGAAGGUAAAGCUGCUGGAGCUGCAGGGGCCAGUGAUGCAGCUUAUGAUCAACCAUGAGGUCGUCCAGCACCCUGCUAAUGAGCCCACUCCAGGGGCCCCAGCCCCCCAGGAGCCUGGUGCUGCUGACAAGGAUGAACUUUGUGAAGUGAUCCUCGCUGACAGCCUGCAGCCUGCAGGAGGGGGGGAUACACCAGAACCCCACUGCACAGCAGAUGGCACAUGGCUUUGUGAGCUGCAGGACAGCCAGCAACACCGACCCUUGGGCAGCAGUCCCUCCACGCCAUGCUUUUACCAGGCUGUGGGCGAAGGAGCGGGUAAACAUCACGAUCAGCUAAGAGCUGGCCCAGAAGUUUACAAACAAACAAAGUUAUAGGUUUAGUCUUCACGUUUACUUCAUUUGAAUGUUAGAGCCACUUGGGAUGAUUUGUGUUUCUAAUCUAUAGUUUAUUUGUAAAAAGUUAAAGGAGAGAGGGUCUUCCUGUAGCUUUCACUGAUGUUCACUUUGGCAUUUUUUAGAAUUUUUCAUUUUUAAUUUGAUAAUCGUAGGUCAUUAGCAUGCCUAUCGAGUUUGCCCUUACGUGGUGGGAGUUCAAACACACAAAGACCCACUAUUGACACAAAACUAUUCUCGCUAGUUUGGAAUAGGCUGCCAUGGUUAUUUAAUGUUAUUGCAGCAUGUGUAUUCAUUAUGGAAUUCAGAUACAAUUUGCUUAUGUUCUGCUAUGAUAUUUGAUCAAAUCCUAUUUACACUGAGCUCUUAAUUAGCUCAAUAUGUGCUUUGCCCUCACGUGCACACUGUUUAUUACUUUGUAAGGUGCUACUGUGAGUACUGACAUUUAGAGUUGUUGAAAGGCCGAGAACUGGAAACAGCCUUUCUUCCAUGUUCUGUGUAUUGCAAAUGGGAGUAAUAACAUUUUGGGGAGCUUUUAAAAUCUCACAGAAGAGGAAAGCGGCCUGCUAUGGCUGGCAUGUGCAGAAUAGAGUAGUUCAUUGGUUCCCAUGCCAAGAAUGAGCGCUGCGCUAUGGUAGUUCUUUUAGGGUUUUUCUGUGCUCUGGGCUCAUGAAGACACUGCAUGAUGAGCUGCAGCAGCUGUACUCUUUUUUAUGACCUACAAAGAGAUGAUUUCUGAGGAAUAAAAGGCUCCCAUCUUUGAUGGUGGAUGUGGAAAACCUUUCCUAGCUUAGAGCAUUUACAUCUAUAAUACAUUGUAAAGUCAGAGCUCAUGUUACCUGUUUUAAUCCCCUGACUCUAAGUCUCAGUACACAAAAGGGCACUGGUUGGCAUUCUUCUUAAUGUAUUUAGUAAAGGUCAUAAGAAAUCCUUUAAGAUAAAGUGUAAUUUAUAUAUAUAUACAUAUAUAUUAUAUACAGGAAUGGAAAUUUGUAUCUUAGAAUGGAUAGGCACUAAAUAUUGAUGACUGAACAGUUAAUGUUUUAGGACACUUGGUAUAGUGAGUGCCUUGCACACAGAAAAAGACCACGGAUGAGAUUAUCCUUUGUAUCAUUUCACAGUUUUAAAAAUUGCUAUUGAUUACAGUUCACAUAGCAAGUUGCUGAUAAAAUGUCUGUUUUCAUAAAACAUCUCCAACAACAACAAAAUCCUUUCAGAGUUUAAAUGUCCAGAAAAAAAAUAAAAAUUUGAAUAAAAAAUUUUAAAAAGUUUAAAUGUCCCUGGAACAGGCACACAGGGUGUAGUCAAGAAUGAACUAGAGUGCAGGAAAGCCGUGUGACACCUGGCGUCCCUCCGUGUUCACGGAGCUUCUUUGAGGCAAGAUUGACUUGACCGUCCAGACUUCUCUGGCUAAUACCUAUUCUUCAACCACCUUGGUUACUCUGACAUAGGAAUUGCCUUGUUUUUCUUCAACGAAAAGGACUUUAAACAAUAAUCACAAACAUUAUUAUAAACUAAUAUAUGUGAGAGUACUUGGCUGAAAAAAAAGGAGUUUCAGUAGACAGAAUUGUACUAUAUUUGACAAUCAAAGAGAAGUUUAUGCAACGUAAAAUGUUUAUAGCCUGCAGUGCCAUCUACUGUUUGUGAAUGUCAAUGUAUUAUCAGGAAAAGUGUCUAACAAUCACAGAGUUCUAUUUCCUCAGCAAGUUCUUUACCAAGAGAGAAAUACGUUUUUAUCCCUUUCAGUCUCAGUUAGAGGCACAUUUUGUUCAAGAUUUAUGUUAAUGUGUCUCUACAUUAUGAAUGAAUUCUUUCAGUCAGACAUUGCAUAAAUCAUAACUUUAUGAUGCUUGGGACAGAAUCAACAGUUGAAACUUCAUCAAGUUCUAAUGUUCGUGUACCAAAAUACCUCCCAUUGUUAGGAUGGAGGGAGAUAUGCAUGUGUGCUACCUGAAGGGGAGAUUCCUAGUUACUGACCAUCUCCACGUUUAGCAUUUGGCAUCUUCAUGAUACUUUCAUAAAUAUGACAUUAAUAGGAGAGCACUCAUACAAUUUGACAGAUGGAAUAACACAUUUGCCUGCAUUCCCUGAAAGAGUGCAAAUAUUGGGUCCUGGUGAUUUGAACUGACUCUUCCAAAUUGUAGGGAUUUAUCAAUGUAUCAGAUAAACCCAGUUUCAGAACGAUCAAGGAAAACUGUUAGACCAAAUAAUGCGGCUAAUUAACAGUGGUAUGAUUUCUAGCCUGGGGGUUUAAAAUGGACUUAAAGUUCUGUUUUUUUAUUUCUGAACUUGCCGCUUUUGCAUUCUUUGAGUUCAGUUUAAAGAUAGUUACUUUAAGUCCAUUUUCAACCCUCGGGCUAGAAAUCGUACCCCUGUUAAUCAGCCACAUUAUUUUGUCUAACAGUUUUUCUUAAUCAUUCUGAAACUGGGUUUAUCUAAUACAUUGAUAAAUUAUUUCAAAGGGAUUUUGAUAGUUCAAAUCACUUCACUUUUACCCUAAGAAAUACAAAUGACUAGGAAUGACCUUCAGAUAGUGUUUAGCAUCUGUACCCAAUCUGAUGAUAAUGUGUUCAUCAGGUACCUGUGGAGUAAAUCCCAUACAGGCAUGUUUAAGCUGAAUGGCAGUCAGGAAAAUACAUUUACUAUAUUAACCAAAAUAUCACUCUGAGUAGGCAUUUUGUCAUCUAUUUAAGACAAAUCUAAAAGAACGGAAAUCACAUGACAGUGACUUAAGUCUUUCUUCAAAGUGCACGUGAGUCUCCUGCAGUACUUCAUUCAGCCAAGUGUCUGUUCUCUUCCUCAUUCAGUAGAAGGCAGCUUUCAAUUGGCUUAGAAGGCAACAUCAGAAGGUUAGCGUUCAUCAAAAACACAGAAUUUUAAAAUGUGUGUUCAACUGACCAAAUUUGAAUUUCUGUAGGAAAAAUCAAAAUACCUGUUUAAAGAUUGCAAUAUAUGAUAAUAAUUUUUAAAGGAUUUUAUUAAACCUGAUAGGUUUUCCAGAAAUGAAUAAAACUCAGUUCUAAAACCAAAGCUGCUUUUUAGAAAAUUUGAAAAUGUAAAUCAGUCCUAUCCUGUUCACAAUAUAGUUUCUCUAAAACUUUAUCUUAAAGAGUAUUUAAAAAUAGCUAUUUAAAAAAACUGCUCUCUUAAUGUUUUGAAAUUACUUAAAACAUUAAAAAAUAUGAAUAUUGCAGUUUAGAAGAAAUAGGGGGAAGGAAAAGUGAAGAAAUGCCACUUCCAGUCCAAAGCUUUAUUUGCCAAGUUUUCUAAGAAUGACUUUUACCACUGUAUGAACUCCUGUGAACAGAAUGUAAGUUGGAAAUCCUGAGGCUUUUGUCUAAAGUGGCAAUACUGACUGCUGCUGUGAUGCUCCUGUGAUGUAAUAAAUUAUUCAGUUGCUGCAAA